AAUAGGCCCGCCCCUUUAAGAGGGCGGAGACGCAGGAGUGGCGGCGGCUUCGAACGCGACCUAGGGCGCCGGCCCUCAGCUUCCUGGUGACCCUCACUAAGCCACCGCCUGGGUUGCGGACACCUCUCUGACCUCGCCCCAGAGACACUGUCGCCCGUACUCCGACCUUCCCCCGGGCCAAGUGCGAGGCCUCGGCGACCUCUAGAGUUAGGGCCUGCCCGGCUAACCCUUUGGCCGAAGCCCACCCGCCAUCGCCAUGGCGUGCAGUUUGCAGAAGCUAUUUGCUGUGGAAGAGGAGUUUGAAGAUGAGGAUUUCUUGUCUGCUGUGGAGGAUGCGGAGAACCAGUUUGCUGGCUUAUUGCCUAUGAAUGCUGGAUGCCUCAGACCUGUCCCUUCCAAACCACAAGAGACUGUGCAGGCACAGUCUUCCAGGCAGCUGCCAUCAUGCCCCACUGCUCCUUCGGAGGAUUUGGACCUACCAGCCCUGGGACUCCGCCUUCCUACCUCCAGCAUGCUCAGGGCUGUCAGGAGUCCACCUUUCACAGGAACAACCUCCCUAAAGCCUGUCUCAACUUCUGGCAGCUGGAUUGGCAGCCAGAGAAGAGUGACACUGACAGAAGCGCUCCAAGAGCCAGCAAGACCCCAGUCCUCAGCAUCCCACCCCCUGUUUACCUUUGAUACCCAACAGCAGGUGAUUGGUGGUUUUGAGGGACCCGAACAAGAUGAAUUUGAUAAGGUCCUGGCAAGCAUGGAGCUGGAACUUGGAGUUAGCAGUGAGGCCCCAGGAAUCUUGCCCACCUGGCAGCAGGAAGACUCAAUAUUGGCUAAAAAGGUUUGGGUAGCUGAUCAGAGCAGAUCUUGCCAAAAGGGGCUCAUGCCUGCCAGCCAUAUAACUGGUAUCAUGUCAGCCCAGGGUCAGCCUCCGGAUCCUGUUGACUGCUGUAGGACUCCACAGCCCCACACAAGUUCUGGUGCCACGGGUAGCCUUCCUAUCCCAACUGCCUCGACAGUUCCUGCUCAACACCCCCACUGGGAGGUCUGUCCCAAAGGUCCUCCUCUGCAAGCACCCCAGUCUCUCCAAGCUGCUGGCAGGACUGUUCAGAGCAGCCCUCAAAAUCGUGGCCCCAGGCAGCCAUUCCAAUCUCCAAAUGCUUGCAUGAGUGGUAAAUCUCAUUUUCCCGGUCCACGAACUCCCAACUCAAGCUGUUCUACUCCUUCAAGAACUGUCUCUGGAUUUCUUCCUCGAGGUUCCUUACAACCCCAAGCUCCAAUGUCUUCUGUCGAGUCUCCUGUCAGCACCCCGAAGGGACCCCAUUCCUCCCUCUUUCCCCAAGCAGCUCUGCAGACACCCAUAGUCACCAACCACCUGGUGCAGCUGGUCACUGCUGCCAACCGGACACCCCAGCAACCCACCCGAACCGCCACCCACACCAAAACACGCCGCUUCCCUGGCCCAGCAGGGAUCCUGCCUCACCAGCACAGUGGGAAAAAUCUGGAGGAGAUCAUGGUUUCCACGCCCCAGACUCCGACUCAUGGUGCUCUGGCAAAAUUCCAGACAGAGAUUGUGACUAGUUCCCAGGCAUUAGUGGAGGAGGAUUUUGAACGAGGGCCCUGGCUGACCAUGAAAUCUGCUCUGGGCCUAGAUGAGAGAGACCCCACCUGCUUCCUCUAUACUUAUAGCAUCAUCAUGGUGCUGCGGAAGGCCGCCCUGAAGCAGCUUCCCGGGAACAAGGUCCCCAACAUGGCAGUGAUGGUCAAGUCCCUAACUCGGAGCACGAUGGACGCCAGUGUGGUUUUCAAGGACCCCACAGGAGAGAUGCAAGGCACGGUACAUAGAUCGCUGCUUGAGACACGCCAGAAUGAGCUAAAGCCUGGCUCAGUGCUGCUGCUAAAGCAGAUUGGAGUGUUUUCUCCUUCACUUCGAAACCAUUACCUCAAUGUGACGCCCAACAACCUGGUCCAUAUUUACAGCCCAGAGUCUAGGGACAGGAACUUCCUCAAGCUAUCUCAGCCCUUCUCCAAGGGUCCAGGAAGCUUCCAUGGCAGCCUCCAGCAUAAGACUUCAGAGCCUGGGGAAGGCCUCAGAACAGCACAGAACCCAGAGGCAGAGGCAUCCCCCGAGGAAGAGCUCCCAGAAGCAGAUGACCUGGAUGGACUCCUGAGUGAGCUCCCUGAGGAUUUCUUCUGUGGGACCAGCAGCUGGGACUGCCCCGAGACUGGGCACCCACCAUGAGCAGGCAGCCUCUGAGCACUCAGGGAAGGUGUGACACUCCCACUUCAGCCUGACUUUAGAAGACACUGGACCUGGUUCCUUCACGUCCUAGCCCCAAGACCGCUGAGGAGUCUAGAGGAACCACACUACUGCAGUGACAACCUGUCCCUCUGGAUAGGGAAGGAAUAGACUCAGCCUUGCCUCUGCUUUGUCCCUUGAGGCCUGUAGCUGCCCAGCUCACCUGUGUCCAAGGUGCCCAGGUGCAGGGGCAGGGGUGUGGCUGCGGUGCCUCGUUUUGAAAUAAAGUAGCCAGCUGCUUCACCUGCUUCCCUCCUUUCCACCUUCGCUGCUCCUUGUCCUGUUUGUCUUGCCAGUGAUACUUUGACCGGGGCAGAGACAAGCUACUCAUUCUCAUUCUCUCUCCCUCUCUCUCUGUUUCUCUCUCUCUGAACUUUUCCUUUUAGACAGUUUUAGAUAUACAGAAUUAUUUCCAAGAUAUUACAGAGAAUUCCCAUAAUACCCCA